AUCGCGGGUGUCGUUGUAGGCGUGGUUGCCAUGGCUGCUAUUGCUGGCGCCAUCUUCUGGUGGGUGCGUCGCAAACGCAACUCCGAGAUCGAAGAAGAACACCGCCGCAACGCCGCGGUGAACUCUUUUAUUGCCGGUGCGAAGCCCCCGAGCAGCAGCGGCGGUAUUUCCAUGACCGAUUCUCGCAUGGAUCCCGGUUUCGCUCACCGCCGAAUGAGCGACGGCAGCAUCGCCGACAACCAAGACUAUUCGCGCAAGAUUCUUCGAGUAACCAACGCAUGAGAGAGCGCCAUGCCAGUCACGACGAACGACCUCUGCCCGUGAUCACCUCACCACAAAUACACUCAUUUUCUCGGCAUUUUAGGCGUUUCUGAUGUUUCUCUCGCUGGUUUUACUUUGGGCGGCUUGAUCGCCGAGGCGAUACGAGCACGGUGUUGAUUUGUAUUUUCUCGUCUCAUCUGUCUUGUCACGGUGCAGGGAUAUCCAUCAGCUCGAGGUUUACGACGGAGGUUCAUUUGCGAGUUGGAUUUUCUUUUUCGAAAACGCACCAUUACCGCCAUCCAACCCACCCAACGGACACCGAGCAACAAUUACGCCAUCCACUCCUUCAUUUUCCCAGUCUACAGCUCUUAUUCUUUUUAGACCUUCAGAGGUAUACCGGGUGUCUCGAGACACCCUUCACCCAUCGACUCAUGGCACGGCCCAUUGACCACCGGUUUCUGGUUCAUGGACAAGGCUAUCUUUGUACAUGAACAGAGGAAGGUGAUCGCUGGCCGGGCCUCCUACAUACCUACACAUACCUGUUUUACGAUUUUCGGAUGGAUCAGAGGGAUCAGAGGUGGAGAUGGAGUACUGCAGCACGGACGGCUGAGGGAGUCUCGUGGCGUGUAUAGAUAGAGUGGCCCCC